AAGAGCACUCUCCGCUGACUCCGGAGACACACACUUCUCUCCUAUCCCCGAAAGCUGGGGACAGUGGCGUUGUGGGGACCUCUGAGUUGGUGUUAUCCCCCACUACGCUGCACUCGCCGUUCUCUCCUCAUACCCUUGCUGCCGACGCCCCGGCCGUGCAGCGUCUGAUGGGUCAUGGCGACCUCGGGCUUCAAGAACCAGCAGAGCCAGGAGGAGACUUUUUUGUACUUCGCCUAUGGCAGCAACCUGCUGACCGAGCGUAUCCAUCUCCAAAACCCCUCGGCCGAGUUCUUCUGCUUGGCCCGCCUGCAGGAUUUUAAGCUUGACUUUGGCAAUUUCGAAGGCAAAGAAAGUGAAGUUUGGCACGGAGGUAUAGCCACCAUUUUUCAGAGUCCUGGCGAUGAAGUAUGGGGCAUAGUAUGGAAAAUGAACAAAAGCAAUUUAAGUUCUCUGGAUAAGCAAGAAAAAGCAUAUGUCCCAAUAGAAGUUACUGUUUGCACUCAAGAAGGAAAAGAGAUAACCUGUCGAACUUAUCAGAUGAGAAAUUAUGAGAGCGCUCCUCCUUCACCCCAGUAUAAGAAGGUCAUCUGCAUGGGCGCCAAGGAGAACGGGCUGCCCCUGGAGUACCGGGAGAAGCUGGAUGCCAUAGAGGCAAACGGCUACCGAGGACGGGUCUCGGACGAUGUCGAGGACAUUAUCCGAAAGGGGGAAACCAAACUCAUCAGCACCUAAGAGAGGAGACCUGUGGGUGUUUUCUCUACACACUCACUUGAUGCAUUUUUAACAUGUAGAACAGGGGUCUGGGAUGUGUCUCCAUCUAAUAUAUUUUGAACAUUGCUCUGAAGGGAUGUAUUGCUUGAGUGGUUCCUUGUUUUCAGGCUGUGGGAAGAAGCUUGGGUGGGGGUUGGGCAGUUGCCAGGAGGACCAGGAGGCACCGAAAUGCAGGACGAGUGGAUGUGGGUUCUUCUUCUAAGAACACUUUUCUUUGCUUGACUUGACCUGAAGUGCAUUCUGGCUCUGGGACAAAGGAUAGAUUUGCAACUUCAUGGCAGUGCUGGUGACUCGCAAUGCUCUGGAAUUACUAUUUUUGUCACCUUAAGAAGAGCAAGCAAACUGCAGAGACAGUUGGUAAUAAAACUUUUUAGAUUUAAAAGCU